AUGUACGUAUCGAGGGCGAGACAGACAACAAUUAUUGGGCCAACAACGGACGCGGCACGGCGGCAUAAUAUACUCUGGCUCAGCAACGAGCAACGCGCCUCUCUGCUUGCCGUGCCUCUGCCUGUCGCGCGUCGCAUCAGGACGAGGCAGUCUGCAAGCCGCAAGCCCACCGUCCAACCCUGGCGAUGCGGACACCAUCCGGUUUGCAAGUGGCCUCGUCUGGUCACUUGCAAGCCGUCGUGUCUCAGCUACCCGGUCCUGCCAGCCCUGGUAGACGAUGCGCGAUGUGACUCACUAGCAGGCCCGCAAAGGACGUCAUCUACCUGUUGCCCGACUUUCCAAGGCAGCCCUGCGCCCGAGGGUGUGUGUAUGGGUGUGGGUGUGGGUGUGUGUGCAAACGGCCAUGUGUGUGUGUGUGGGCGGGCGGGCGUGCGUGCGUGGUGUGGGUAUGGGUGUGGGUGGGCAUGUGUAAGGACCACGCUAACCCAACUCGGCCGCGUGGUUCACCCAGCAUUGCGAGUCGCAGCGGGAGGCGAUCGCGCGCUAGUCGCUGCAAUGGCCCAGCAAGUCCAAGAGUGUGCAAAGCAUGGCAGGCUGGCCCUCGCACAAACUCGCACCAGCUCGCAACAACAGGCGGCGCUACUCCCUUCCUGGCCGGCGAGCAGACUACAUUCCCAUCUCCCAUCACCGAUCUGCUCUGCUCUAGUAGCUGUAACCACCGCCUGCCCUUUCCCAGCCAAUCACCCCGGCCACAGCCACACCUCCGCCCCCCCCGGCCACACUCGACGCCCUCACCCUCGCCCUCGUCCUCGCCCUCGCCGCCUCGUCACAAGCCUCGUCCACCCUUCACCGUGUCUGAGACGCCUGUCUGACUCCUGCCAUUGGGUCUCCGUCGCCUACUCCCAGGUCGACUCCUACUAUACUCUACUAUACUUUACACCGCACGGACAUCAUCUGCACGAAAUCCUCCGGUCCGUGGGCAGUUGUUCCUACUCGAGCAUCCUCCCACGACUGCACGCAUACUUGCAACCCCGACUCCCAUCGCCCGCCGCGCCAAGCACCUCCUACCCACCUCUGCCAAAAGUCCCGCCCUCUACGGCUACGGCACUUGCCUAG